CUUCCAAUAUUUGAAACUUUGUCUUAUUCUCUGUUCCUUCUUUUUCUUCUGCUCCUUCUCAACAAGCCAGCUUGUAUGGAGCAAGUGCACCAUCACUGGAUAGUGAAUGAGGAAGAAGAAGAAGAAGAACCGCAAGAUGCUGCUUCGAAAGGGAAGCAUUCCCUGCAACAUAGAAAGGAUAGCAUUAUUGCCACUGCUGUAAUGCCUCCGUUUUCUACAGUGGGAGAAAAACUUCUCCUUCAGAAGGAAGAAGUUCUUCAUAGUCACAAAGAAGAACAGAAAGAACAUGCCACUCAGAAAGUUGAAGAAACAAGCAAUGUUGUUGGAAAUGACAAUAACAUCAACGGUGAUAGUGAAGAAGUUGGGCUUGAAAUGCUAGCUGACUUUGUUGAAAAUGCAAUGAAUGGAGAGGUCAUAAGCAGUGGCAUCAUAAAUGUUGCUGCAUCUCAUAAAAAGAAUAGUGUUUACUCUGACAAACAACAAGGAAUGUGGAAAUGUCACCACUGCACAUGGACCAAGCAAUUUGACAGUCCUUGGAAUGUGCCGCUCGAGAAUCUUAAUGGCUCGAUCAUGAAAGUCAAAACUAUGAUUCAACAUGGACCAUGUUUUGUUUGUGAUUCUAAAGGCUUUGAUAUACGGGUAAAAAAUUCAGAUAUUCAAUGUAGUCCACGCAAUGAAGUCAACAAUCAAUGCAUGGAAACUGUUGAUGACAAAGCCCCUCCCGGAUCAGAGUUACUACUUUUACCUAAGUCAUCUGAAAUACAGGCUGAAACUGUAGAGAAUUGUGGGGAUGAAAUCAGUGCGAAAGCGUAUCCUAACAUGUCAGAAAAAAUUGACCAGCAACUGAAAGAACUUGAUGUUGAGGCGGUAUUGUCAAAACAAGAGACACAUGAUUUAUUUUGUCCUAAUUGCAAGUCUUGCAUCACUAAAAGGGUUAUCCUUAGGAAGAGAAAAAGGAACAUUCCUAAUAUAGACACUAUAGCAAAGCGUGACAAGUUAGCCACUGAGAUGGUUAAUAGUUCUGUAGACGAAGCCAACCAAGUUGAUCAUGCAAUUGCAACAACAACUGAUGUGGGAAGAGUAGAUCCACCUGCUGAUAAUUAUGAACCUGAAAGAGAACCAGAAGUAUUCAGAUGUUUAUCAUGCUUCAGCUUCUUUAUUCCUAUGAGAAAUGAAUUCAAGCUGUUCCCCAGUUUUGGUGGUACCCAUAAGCCUGAAACUUCACAAAAACCUUCAGUCAUACCUUCAUCCAACGUGGAAAAGGAAAACCCUUCAAUUGUAGUAGCAGCUUCCAAUGCAAAUUGGUUAUUGGCUCUUUUUACUUCAAACAAGGGAAGAAAAGCUAGUGUACAAGGUGAUGCAUCAAUUGAAGAUUCUAGAACUGAUCCUGCUUCAAUUGAAGAUUCUAGAAUUGAUAAUCCUGAAAGUCCACUUGCUAAUACACCAAAUCAGAAUGUAAAUCUGACAUCAGAUAUUAAGCUUGGAAAUGUAGGAGUAAAUUCUCCUAUUCCCUCUGUAGUGAAAUCAGUAGUAAAGAUUGAAUCGUGGAUAGAAAAGGGCAAGAAAUCAAAUGUGGCAUUGCCGAAUGAGCCUUUGGUUGAUCAGAAUGAUUUCUCUACAGGGAGUUCCAGUGAUGUGGUGAAUGUAUUGCAGAAGGUGAGAGGGGAUUUUUCAGCAACGAAACAGCUUCUAAAUGAAAAUGUGAGAACGGAUUUGGGAGACAAAAAUCGUGAUUCAGUGGAUGUGAUAAAGACAGGUAUUGUUGCGGAUAUAUCCAAGCGUGAGGGUGUUUUAGUGGCAACUGUUGCUACUACCGAAAUACUUUUAGAUGCUGGAAAACCUGCAAAAGAUAGCAUUCUAAAAUCAUAUGAAGGGUCUCAUAUCUUUGAUAAGUCACAGAAAGAUGUAGACAAAACACUGGAAAUAGCACAGGAUAGUUAUUCCUCUUCGAUGGAAGAAGCACAAUCACCAGCUCAAUCAUUUGGUGGUUCAGUAGCUGCAAAUGACGUAGCUAGUGAGAAACCAAGUUCUAGAGUGGAUGCUACGAUUCCAUCAAAUCAAGAUUUUAAGGAAGUGUUGAAGAAUGUUGAAGAGGAAAUUAAACCAUCUGUUGCAAAAGAAAAAGAAGAAACAUUCAUAACCUCGACGUCCCAGACAGCAGAUAGUAUUCCAAUUGAAGGUGCUAUUGUUACAGAAGCACAUACUGAAAUAUAUAUUGGAGAGCAACCGAGGACUGAAAUUGAUGAGCACCAAGAGUGGGAAAUACUUAAAAGCAUCGUAUAUGGUGGUUUAGUUGAAUCAAUCACUAGUCUGGGGGUUGUGUCUUCUGCUGUUGCUUCUGGUACUGCUCCAUUGAAUGUUCUAGCAGUGGGGUUGGCCAAUCUGAUCGGUGGACUUUUUGUCAUUGGCCAUAAUCUCAUUGAUCUGAAAAAUGAUCACUCUGGAGGGGAUACACUACAAAUGAAUGUGCAAGAUCGUUAUCAAGAACUACUUGGUCACAGAGCAAACUUCCUACUCCAUGUUGUUGUAGCUAUUUUCUCAUUCCUAAUUUUUGGUUCUGUCCCUCUUGUUGUCUACGGCCUCUUGAUUUCUAAGAACUACCAUGCUGAAGUUAAGAUUGCAGCUGUGGCAGCUGCUUCUGUUGUAUGCAUCAUUGUGCUUGCUAUUGGGAAAGUUUACACCAAUAGACCACUCAAAUCCUAUGUGAAAACGGUGUUACAUUAUGUUAGCUUGGCACUUGCAACCUCGGGAAUCUCUUACUUAGCAGGCGAUCUAGUUAAGGAUCUUCUUGAGAAAAUCAGUGGUUCAGAAUCUGGUUCUGUUCUUACCAUGCCCUUGUCUGGCACAAGAAUGAAACCAGCGUGGAUGUCUUAUUGAAGCAUAUCAUUAAAAGGAGCUCCAAACAUUGUCCAAGGUUCGAAUUCUAGUCUUAUGUACGAAUAGUCUAUGUUGGAAGGAGAGUACUUACAUUGUGAGUACUCACGCAAUAGGAAUUAGUCACUGUCUUGUAGUGAAUAUUUUGUAUUAAUAUGAUAUUUAAAUAAACUAAAAAACUUGAGUUGUUAUCGUUACUUUUGGCCU